AGAGAACUUUUGGAAGCUGGUCUCAAUGUUUUAAUGCCAUUCAAUACAAAGGCACCUGGCUAGCCUUGUGGCUCUACGGGGGCCAUGGCAUUGAAACGAAAGGCUGCUUCCGAGGCUGUCCGGAAUGCAAAGCGCAUCCAGACGCAGGCCCUGGAUAGCUCCGAUCCGAUUUAUGGGGAACCCCAAUCGGAUAUAGACUAUGAGUCUUCCGAAAAUGGAAGCGUUGCUGGGGACGAUGGUGAUGAACACACUGAGACUCCAAUGACGCCCUUCUCACCGUCCUCCUCAAAAUAUCCGUCAGAGUUGAAGACACACCUUUGCCCUUUCGAUGGAUGUACGAAAGCCUUCAAUCGGCCGGCUCGAUUACAAGAGCAUAUUCGGUCCCAUAACAAUGAGCGAAUGUUCAGUUGUACGUACGACGGAUGCGAUAAAACCUUUCUUCGGGCCUCGCACCUCAACCACCAUAUUAAGAGUGCACACACCUCAAUCCGAGAUUAUGUCUGUGAUAGGGAAGGCUGUGGGAAGAGCUUUGUCACUGGCUCCCGGCUACGGAGACACCUUGCGGCACAUGAUGGGAGGGACAAGUAUCGCUGUACAGAAUAUCCGCCCUGUUCGGAGACAUUCCGGAAACACUCGACCCUCCAGAAACAUGUCAUGAUGGUGCACCAAAAUCGGAAACCUUUCCCAUGCCCUCACGUUGAUCCCAUUACGGGACAAAAAUGUGGGCAGGCAUUCGAUACAGCAGGCCACUUGAAAGCACAUGAGGCACGUCUACACACGGAGAAGCGGUUUAGCUGCGCGGAAUGCUCCCAACAAGCAGAAAAUGAUACCAAGCCUCCUGCUGAAUUAUACUUUACAACCUACGCGAUGCUCCAAGCACAUAUCAGAACGGUGCACCCUCCAAGAUGUGCAAACUGUCCGAUUGUCUGUUCCACGUCACGAGAGCUCCGUCGUCACCUCGAGGUCGUACACGGCGACGUUAGCCUCGAAGAGCGAAAGAUUUUUCCAUGCACUGUUCCCGGAUGUGACCGAAGUUUCACUAAGAAAGGCAACUUGACAGUCCAUGUGCGGACCGUGCAUGACGGAGAGAAACGAUUUGUCUGCGGAGAAAUCGAUCUUUCGUCCUCGAAGAAAGUCGACGGAUGGAAUGGUGAAGGCUGUGGAAAGCGCUAUGGCAGUAAGCUCGCAUUGGAAGAGCAUGUCCGGACCGCACACCUAGGGUUCCAAAACGCCAAAGCAGAACGCAGGCAACGCCUUGGACUGAGCAAGGCACAAAGUCGAGUCAGGCAGCCUGUACCAUCCGCUCUGGCGACCCUGACUGGGGAAGGCUAUGCCGAGGAGACUGGCCGCCAUAUCGCAUGCUUUGUUGAAGGUUGCAGUCAUAGGUUCCACCGUGACUACGACCUUUGGGUGCAUAUGAACAGCAAGCACAACUGUUCAGAAGACGAGAUUCAAAACCUAUUUACCCAACGAGCGCUGUUGACGGCUGGAAUCAUGGACGACCCGAAUCCUUUCGGAAUAUAUGGCAUGGAGUUUGAUGAUGAACAUAUCACCUCGCUCCAGCUCCUCAAAGGUACUGGUAGCGACUCUCACACUGCCGCCGCCAAUGCUUCCAAUUGCCCCGCUACUGAGACAGAUUUCUUCGAGGCUUCUCGAACAUUUGAUGAUAUGAUUAUGGAGCAUGCUUAUACUUCAAAUCGUUGCGGAGAACCCACCGAUUUUACGAUACCCAAUGACGACACGACAAUGAUUGACCCUGUACUAGCUUACAACUUGAUGGAAGGUUGAGCGACUGUUAUUCGUGCUAGCUUUUUUGUUGGAUCUGAGGACUUCCUGAGAGCUAUUACAUGUGAAUGUUCGCGAAAUUUUGCAAUAGGCUACAUUUUGAUGGCCUUGAGGAACCAUGGCGUUACUUUUACAAUUGAUUUCGUCCUCACUUUGAAAACUAUCUUGUAAAGACAUCAGCGUCUGAUGUCCGAGAUUCUUAUGAACUAUGACCUCUAAAGGUUCCUUGCUUUUUACAUCAUCCGCUAAGAAUAUCAAUUUUGCGAUCCAUCUUGACAUAGGUCGAAUUACUAUUUCCGUCGACCUGCAGAGUAAGUCAUGCUUUAGGGAAGGCGGUUAAAGAUGGCAGAAAUCAUCCAGCGGUAAAGAGCUUCGAGG